AUGAGCUCAAAACCACCUUGUAAAUUUUAUGCCCAAGGAACUUGUAGGAAAGGCUCAAGUUGUCCAUUUCCUCAUGUGAAUCCAAACAAUAACAGAAAUAACUAUAACGGCAGUGGAAGAUCUACUUUUGGCCAGGUUGAUAUAAACAAAAGACUGAGAGAUUUCUGGGAUCAGAGCACUCUAGAUAGAAAAUCAACUGAAAUAUCGGAAGAAUUACGUGACUUUGAAACUUUUGAAUCGUUAUCAUCUUCAGCAUUUGGUCUAGCUGAUCCAGCAGUUGAAAACCUUAUAUCAGGAAGAGAUUAUUCUUUUGAAGAAUCCAGGUUAGAUUUUUACCAGGCCCAGCAAGCUAAUGCGGCUCAAGACUAUGAAAAAAUGAUAAAUAUAAGGACGCAGGAUAUGAAGAACUGUGUUGACUUUUUGAAGAAAGAUACUAGAAAACCAGCAAGAUAUACACAAGUUACAACUAGGGAAAAGUUUGAACAUCCAGCAACAUAUGCUGCAAAACCAUUUAUAAAUUUCCCAUUGGAUCUAACAGGAAACUCCCUCUCGAAUAACACACAAUCUCCGUUUGGCUCCAGCCCCUUUGGUGGUUCAUCAAACACUACAUCAAACCCGUUUGGUGCACAAACAUCUAAUCCUUUUGGAACGUCUAGUACCGGCACUGGUGCUUUUGGAAGUCAAACCUCAAAGCCUUCAAUUUUUGGAAGCACAAGCUUAUCACAAAACCCUUCAUCUUCACCAUUUGGUCAAAGCUCUCUUGGAAAUUCAUCAUCCACUGGUGGUGGUGCUUUUGGAAGUCAAUCAUUAGGUGGAGCAUCAGCAUUUGGCCAAAGUGGCUUUGGCUCAUCAGCAGCAAGCACAUCUCCAUUUGGGACUGCAAACCCUUUAGGUUCCACCUCAAGUGCAACACCGGGAACCUCAGCCUUUGGCUCAGCUGGUUUCGGUUCUACUUCGUCAGCUACAAACAAUAACGCAGGCUCAGCUUUUGGUGGUUCUGGUUUUGGCUCAACCACAGGUCCUUCUUUUGGUGGGGCUUCUCUUGGAAGCAGUAAUACGAAAUCUGCUUUUGGCUCAUCGGGUUUUGGACAACCAUCUACUACAUCAACAUCACCUUUUGGCCAGCAAAAACCAGCUGCAACUUCUGCUUUUGGUACAAGUGGAUUUGGUACCUCAAAUUCAACAAGCUCUCCAUUUGGAAGUGCUGGUAUAUCAACAAAUAAGGAUCAGCAAAACCCUUUUGGAGCAAAUUCCACAACUGGUGACAAGGCCUCUACAUCUUCUGCCUUUGGUCAAGGUUCUACUUCACAAUCGCCAUUUGGUCAAGUGGAACAGAAAACUGCAAGUCCAUUUGGUCAAAGUUCAACGGUAUCACCAUUUGGUCAAUCAGCGUUUGGUCAAUCAACUACCCAACCUUCAUCUUCAUCAGCUUUUGGUCAGUCAGGCGCUAUUGGGCAAUCACCGUUUGGACAAUCUCAAAAUACUGCUGGAUUAGGCUCUGUUUCUUUUGGGAAUGCUUUUGGAAAUUCUUUGCAACAACCUUCAGGGCAAUCUUUCAGACCAACAUUUAAACAAUCUGCGAAAGAAGAAGCAAGAUCCAAGGAGGAUGAGUUGGGAGAUGAAGUUAAAGCACAAUUUACCGCAAGCGCAUUUACAAUUGGAUUGGUUCCGGAAGUGCCACCACCUUUAGCAUAUUGUUAA